AACCAGUCUCUCUGUGGCUGUCAAGGGGGAAGGUUGUGCGCCCCCCUGUGCUGCUCCUCCUCUUCCUCCUCCUGCUCCUGCUCCUCCACCUGCUUGUCUCUUUCAAGCAGGAUGGCUCUGCUGAAGUGUGCUGGCGUGCUGCUGCUGCUGCUGGUGCUGUCGCCGCUGUACUCAGACGGCGAGGUGGCAGAAGUAUGCUCGGAACACGAACUGACUUUAUCCUGCGCUAACGAGGCAACAAAUGGUGGCAGCGGGGUGGGAUCGUCAACCACCACCACCACCAUGAGCAGCAGCAGCGGGGACCAGAUCGUGCUGAGGGAGGCGUGGCUGUACGGCUUCUCCAACAUCAUCAGGGAGAUUGACGCCUACCUGGGGAACAAAACGCCCCCUGAGUGCCGCGUGCCAGAAUACAACCUGCAGUACAAGGCUGGCUCCAUCUUGCAGUACAUCAAUAAGGAGUGUGGCGGACAGGUGUCUUGCAAGUUCAGCUUACAGACACACGUUCCCCUCGACCACCAGUUCUCGCAGGUGUGGAAGGGAGGAGCAUUGUGGGUCCGCUACAACUGUGUCAGACAGUCGUUGUUCCACCGUGUUUGUGGGACGGAGGUGAAGGGACAGGAGGGUUUUCUGAAGAGUGUUGGCUACCCUCAGUAUUAUCUUGGUGAGCCUCCAGUGUGCACCCUCACCAUCACCGCAGACCAGGGACAGCAGAUGCAGCUCACCAUUACAGACCUCAGCAUCAGGGAGAUCAUGCAGCCGUCUGAGAAUCGAUGUAAGGACAGUGUUGAGGUGAGUGAGGGGAGCAAGGUGGUGCUGGAGCGCUGCGGGGACACCAACAGGCCCCUCACCGUCACCUCAGAAGGCCCCUCUCUUAACGUCACUCUCUCUGCGUCCUCCCACGUGUUCCCCAAGAGAGGAUAUGUGGCUUAUUACAAAGCGCUUGGUUGCCCGACCCCAGACAUACCUGAGGACGGUUACCUUGCCUUCAGGAACAGCACACACGCAGAAUUCUGGUGCUGUGUCCGCCAUGCCUUCCCGGACACACUCACAAGGAAGAGAGUGUUGAAGUGUGGGCGGCAGAACACAUGGAAUGAAGAACUGCCAGACUGUGUGGACUUGGACGAGCUGCUGAGUGCAGGGAACAUCACCAUGGAUGUGUACCAGGGCCUCAUCAAUGGUACAUCUGGGGUGGCCAUGGCGGAGAAGCUGCGGCAAGCUCACCUAGUCUAUGACCUGGUGGUGCCAACAGUCAUCAUGUCAGUCCUGGUCCUUGGUAACGUCGCUGUGGUCUUCCUCAUCAUCUACUGUCGCAGGGGUGUGAUCGAGGAAGGGGCACGCUGUGAGGAGCUGGAAUCAAUCAAAGCCAACCCUGAACCGACAGACACAAUCGACAAUGAGCCGUGUAACGUGUAGCAGUGACGAGCCAUGGAGGUCUUAAGGUGGAGGUAAUGGUUCUGUCAGUGGAGGUAAUACUGCUACUUCUAAACACUCUCCUACUUCUCCACCUCCUCUACUGAGACUGCAAAUGGAAAGUGGAGAUGCUAUGAGAUUUUUUUCCUCCUAUUCUUUCACCUCCUCCACAUUUUCAGUAAGAAGAAGAGGAAGAUAAAGGUGUGGAAGUGGAGAUAAUAUUGAUAGGAAGAAGAGGUUAAGUUCUUCUAAUCUUCCUCCUCUUCCUUCUUGAUCUUGUCUUCUUCCUCUCUUCCUCUUCCUUGAUUCAAAGUAAGAGGAAGAGGAAGAUAAAAAGAAGAUAGAAAAAUGGAGGUAAUGUUCUAUAAUCUACUCUUCCUCCUCCUCCUCCUCCUCCAUUCCAGAUAAGAAGAGGAGUAAAGUACAAGAAUCAACAAAUCAACACAAAAGAAAAUUAAUUACCAGGAAGAAAAAACAAAAGUAAAAAUAAAGAAAGAAAAAGAGAAAAAGAGGGGAAAGAAAUUUAUGACUGUACCACCCGAAUCUUUUAUAUUUUCCCUAAGUAACCAAAAAACAACAGAAAGAAUAUGAAUCUCUUGUAUUAUGAUGCAAAUCUGACUGAUAUUACUGAUAGUGAGUUAGAUAAGGCAAUAUUUGAAUAAGAUGUAAAACUAUGAGUAUCCGAAAGGUGAAAUUAAGUUAAUAGAUUGCGAUUAGGCAAUGAAAGGUAUUGGAUUAAGAUUAAAUGAUGAAAAAAGUAUUGGAUUAAAGGAUUAGGUGAUAAAAGGUAUUGAAUAAGAUUUUUUAGAGUGUAUAUUGAAUUGGAUAAAGAAGUUAGGGUGAUAAAAAGUAUUGGAAUGAAAGCUUAGAGUGUUUAACAGAAUUGGAUUAAGAGAUUAGCUGAUAAAGUGUUGGAUUAAGAUUAUCAGGGUGUUUAUUGAGUGAUAAGGAUGUUUAGUGAAAUUAAUUGAAAUACAAGGGUGUUCAAGGAAUCAGAUUACAAGAUAAGGUGAUGAAAGCUAUUGGAUUAAAAAAUAGGAUGUUUGUGGAAUUAGAAGAAAGGUGAUAAAAAUACUAAAUUAAUAAAUUAGGAUAUUAAAUGAACCAAACAGAAUGAUUAGGAUAUUUUAAGGUAUCAGAUUAUGAGAUUAAGAGAUAAAAAGCCAUUGGAUUAAAAAAAUAGAAUGAUUAUGGAAUUGUAUCAAGAAAUAAGGUGAUAAAGAAUAUUGUAAUAAGAGAUUAGGAUAUUAAAUUAACCAAACAAAAAGAUUAGGAUAUUUUAAGGUAUCAGAUUAUGAGAUUAGGUGAUAAAAGCUGUUAGAUUAAAUAAAAUAAGGGUGUUUUUUAAAUUGAAUCAAUAAAUUAGGUGAUAAAAACAUUAGGAUAAUAAAUUGGGAUA